UUUUAUUUGGUUAAAAAUCUGCAUAAAACAGCUUUAUUUUGUCAGCAGCUAAAAGGUCAAGUGUGAGAUAAAUCUCUUAUUCUGAAGGGUCACAUUGACGUGUAGCCCAUGUGACUAGCUCCAGCCAACCGGAUUGCUAUGUUCUCGCGCCAGAAGAAGAAGUAGAGAGAGCGAAGAAGAAGCAAAGAAGCUAAGAGAGUUGAUCUGUGAACAGGAAAAAGAUUAAAGAAAUCGACGAUUAAAACACAUUUUGUCCAUUUUUGGAGAAGGAACGUUCUGCGUCUUUCAACCUAGCGACCGAACCUACCCUAACCCUGUUCUGAGUCCAGCACCGUAAUCACAUCCAGAAAGUGAAGCUGCAUGCAGCAGAAGAAGAAACCCACAAGACGCCUGCUUCCUCUUCCUCUUCCUCGUUGUGUGAUGAAGCAAACAGGAAGCUGUGUGUUGUAGAGUCAGAUGGAGCUGACCACGAUGCUCCGCUCCUCCAACACCACCCCUGCAGGAGCAGGUGAAGAGAACUCGUGCAUCGUCAACGACCAGAUGGGCCCCUUCAUCGUUCUCUACAUCCUCAUCUUCGCCGUGGGCCUUCCUGGGAGCCUGCUGUCCGUCUGGGGGUUCGUCCAAAGCCGCAGGUCUCAGCAGAAGCAAAGCGCCUACGUCUACCUGGUCAACCUGCUUGUGGCCGACAUCCUGCUGCUCUUUGCCCUCCCAUUUAAGAUCCUGAAGGACCUCGGGAAAGCACCGUGGAAGCUCAUGGUGUUCCACUGCCAGGCCAGCGGCGUCAUCAUAUACAUCAGCCUUUACGCAUCCAUUGCCUUCCUUGCCUUCAUCGUCGUAGACCGCUACCUGGAGGACCGCCACACGGCGCGCUCUCUGCGGCUGCAGGAGUCCAGCUUCGCCUGGCUGUUGACGGUGGUGGUCUGGGCCUUGCUGCUGCUCAUCAUGGUGCCCAACAUGGCGCUUCCCACAAAGGAGGAAAAGGUGACAAAGUACCUGAGCUGUUCAUCUUUGAAGGAGAAAAUCAGCCUCCACUGGCACACUCUGACCGUGUUUCUCAACACGGCGCUCUUCCUCAACGCCUCGGCAGCCGUGCUCAUCUCCAGCGCCCUGGCCCUCAAAAGACUCCUGCACAGUCGCAGUGACCCCAAACUGUGGCUGGAUGCCAGGAGGGUGGUGCUGAGUGUGACGGCCAUGGCGCUGGCCUACACCCUCAGCUUCGUUCCCUACCAUGUGGUGCGGACGCCGUACACUCUGGCCCAGGCUGAGGUCAUCAAGAACUGCCAGACCAAGAGGCAGCUGUUUCUGGGGAAGGAGUCCACGCUGUUCCUGAGCCUGCUCCACGUCUGCCUCGACCCGCUUCUCUUCUUCCACCUGGACGCUGCGUUCAGAGAAACGGUCAGGAGGCUCCUUCGCCGCAGCAGAAACCAGGCCGUCGAUGCAGAGGAGCAGGUUGUGCAGGAGGUGAUGCUGCCAAAGGCUCAUGCAGAUGAGGAUACUGCAGUCUAAUCGCAGUCUACAAAGACCAUGAACAGCAUUGCAGAUGUUCCAGAAACUGGAUGUUUAUGGGAACAAAGACCAACAUGUGUGGCGCAGAGGUUAGACCUCAACAUGGCCGUCUGAGUUCGAGUCCUUACUAACUUUGCUGCAAGUCAGAUGACUGUUGGAUGAAUACCAGACUUUUAUCUUCAACAGGUUUAGAUGGCUGAACUGGACUUUACUGGUAAUAAAGAUGUUAUGGAGUCACUUUAACCAAAGAAUCUGAAGGCCGUUUGUCAUUUGACAGAUUACAAUCCACUCCUGAAACUAACCCGGCUGCUGCACACCAGAAGACAUUUUCAACUUUACGCACAGAUUACCUCCCACUGGUCACUAAAGCUAUAAGAAAAUCCAAUCUCUGCAUCAUCUGUUAUGUUUAUAUUGUAUUUAUAUUGUUUUUCUUGCACCGUCUGCGCUGCUGUUGGAGCUCAUAGAGCGUAAAGAGCAUCUUUAUGACUGUAAUCUCUGUACCAGUGAGAUUAAAUCUGGAGGAACGUUGAGUGAUGCUUCCAGGCCACAGCAUGGCAGCAGAGGGUGUUUCACCCUCCACCCUCAUGAUUACACACAAGCUGGUGAACAAUUCAGGAGACUGAGAGACUGUUCAGUGAAUCGUUCAGUGAAUCGUUCAGUGAAUCGUUCAGUGAAUCGUUCAUUUCAUUUCAUCGUUUUUGUGGAGUUCCUGGAGCUGCAGUCAGUUUCUGACAUGCUUUCAUCUGCUUGAUGUGUGAUGGCUUGUUGCUUAUUAAACUAAAUUAAAUGCAA